AACUAUGGCGCCUUGCCCUUGAAACUAAAGGUUUCAGAAUAAGUAGGAGCAAGACUGAGUACAUGGAAUGUCGUUUCAGCGGCCGGGAUAAAGAAUCAGAGGUGGAAGUCAGGAUUGACUCUCAUCUAGUACCUAAGGUAGACAGGUUUUGGUAUCUUGGCUCGGUAAUCCAGGCUAAUGGGGAGUUAGAUGGGGAUGUUGGACACCGUGUUGGAGUGGCUUGGGCCAAAUGGCGGAUAGCUUCAGGGGUUUUGUGUGAUCUGAAGAUUUCGCCCAGAAUGAAAGGUAAGUUCUAUCGAUCAGUAGUCAGACCUGCUAUGUUAUAUGGGGCGGAGUGUUGGGCGGUUAAGAAGACUCAUGUGCGUCGUUUGCAUGCAGCGGAGAUGCGGAUGUUACGAUGGAUGUGUGGUAAGACAAGGUUGGAUAAGAUUACAAACGAAGUCAUUCGACGUCAGGUAGGCAUGGCACCGGUGGAAGAUAAGUUGCGAGAAGCGAGGUUGAGAUGGUUUGGCCAUGUGAGACGGCAGGAUGCUGACGCCCCUGUACGGAGAUGCGAGAGGAUUACGGUUAUUGGGGGAAGUAGGGGAAGGGGUAGACCCAAGAAGAAUUGGAAGGAGGUGAUUAGGCAGGAUUUAGGACUUCUCAACCUGACUGAGGAUAUGGCCUUAGAUNGGAACCUUUGGAAAACUAGGAUUAGAGUAGUUGGAUAGGAGCUCGGUGUUGUAGAGGUGGAGCCGGGGGUCUCUUGGAAACAGCCUCCCUACUUCCGAGUAGGGGCAAGGUCUGCGUACACACACCCUCCCCAGACCCUACUAUUGUGGGAU